AACAGCUGACCUCCGCUCUCCACCAACCAACCAACCGACCAACCUCACCUCCCCACCAUCGUCUUCUUCUCGGAGCAGAAUCACCUCCCCGCCGGCAGUCACCAUUUCGGCCCCAGGGAGACCCACGCUGGCUGCCCAGCCCCUCCCGCGCCUCAGCCUGGGGAGGAAGACCCUGGUGGCGGCGGCCGUGGGCGUGAUGCUGGUGCUCGUGCUGGUGGUGCUCAUCCCCGUGCUGGUCAGCUCGGUGGGCGCCGACAACAGCCACUUCGAGAUGCUGGGCACCUGCCGCAUGGUGUGCGACCCGUACCUGGGGGGUCGGGGCACCACCGCCGCCACCGGGGCCCAGGGCGAGGCCGAGGCCCUGGCUGACAACAGCAACGCCAACGCCGCCGCACUGCCGCCCUCCACCCUCCACCAGGGGCCGCAGGGCAAGCCCGGCCGGCCGGGGAAACCCGGGCCCCCUGGACCUCCAGGGCCGCCCGGACCCCCCGGCCCCAUGGGGCCCCCGGGGGACAGGGGUGAGCGAGGCAGGGGCGGUGGCGGAGGUGGAGGCGGUGGCGUCCUGGGGCUGGGUGGAGGUGGAGGUGGAGGUGGAGGUGACGACGACGGUGGAGGGGUGCUCAGCACGGCCUCGGACGGCGGCUUGGCACGCGUGGCCUUCUACGCCGGCCUGAAGAACCCGCACGAGGGCUACGAGAUCCUCAAGUUCGACGACGUGGUCACCAACCUGGGGAACAACUACGACAGCACCUCGGGGAAGUUUAUCUGCGGCACGCCGGGGACCUACUUCUUCAUCUACCACGUGCUCAUGAGGGGGGGAGACGGCACCAGCAUGUGGGCAGACCUCUGCAAAAACGGACAGGUGCGAGCUAGUGCCAUAGCCCAGGACGCCGACCAGAACUACGACUACGCCUCCAACAGCGUCAUCCUGCACCUGGACGCUGGCGAUGAGGUCUACGUCAAGCUGGAUGGCGGCAAGGCGCACGGCGGAAACAACAACAAAUACAGCACCUUCUCCGGAUUCAUCCUCUACAGCGACUGA